AUGGCAGGAAGAAAUCAUAUCCCUCGUGAAGCCUUUGAUCACUGGCGUGGUUAUCAACCAGAAUGGCCUGUUGCUCGGGGUCCUUUACCCCGUUCGCAUCCUCACCCUGCUCUAUUAGAGGAAGAACUUGAAAUGAGACAUGUUGAACUUUGCCAGCUUCUGGGAGAUAACCGGAGACUAGUUGAAGAUCGAAUUGCUCUAGAAAGAGAACUAGGUUCUGCCAAUGAAGAAAUCCCCCACAUGAAUCUUGCCAUUGCUAAUAUUCAUGGUCAACAAGAAGUUCAAUCUAGGGAACUUAUUGGACAUUGUAUGAAGCUGGAAGCUGGCCUUCGUGCAACUGAGCCUCUGAAAAAGGAGGUCGUGCAACUUCGAGCUGAAAUUCAGAGGCUGAACUCCCUUAGGCAAGAUUCAUCUGGGCAGGUCCAGACCCUGAAACAAGACCUAGCAAAAUUUCAAGCUGAUAACCACCAAAUUCCGCUUUUAAGGGCUGAGAUCAGUGGGCUGGGUCAGGAACUUCUGCAGGCUAGAAGUCCUAUUGAUUAUGAAAAGAAUGCACAUUUUGAGCUAAUGGAACAGAGACAAUCAAUAGAAAAGAACUUGGUGAGCAUGGCUCAUGACCUCGAAAAACUACGAUCUGAGCGUGCACAUUCUGAUGGUAGAGCAUGGGGUGCAGGUGGAACUUAUGGGAUGAAGUUUAGCAGUUCUGAUACCAGUUUUCCUACACCUUAUGGCGAUGGAUACGGGAUUCUUCCGGGUGCUGCAGACAAGGGUAUUCUGUAUGGUUCGGGAGCACACUCGUGGUCUUGUUUGUUGCUGCAUAAUAGUGGAAAGGGACUAGAGCAUGUGUUUCAUGAAUUCGUGGGAACCAUUAGCUGCUUUCUCCAAGAUCCUCCUGGAAGAUAA